CAGCCUGUGGCUUCUAAAUAUACCAUGUACUUGGGGUCCCAGACCACUGGACAGUCAUUGAAGAGUGCCUCUGGCUGGGCCUGCUUGGGUGACGCAGCCUUUUCCAAAUCAGUAAGAAUUGGUGCUUUCAAAGUGUGCAUUUUCUGAAGAAACUUUAGACCUGUUUAUUUUAAAAGAACAAAUUGGAGAAAACAAAUAGACAGCCACUCACGGCCUUGCAGGCUCUUUGUCACCGGUAAAGCCAUGGCGUCGGUACCUUCCAUCGGUUGCCUUCUGGCCAAAAAUCAGUAUUAUCGAAAGUCCAGUGUUUCUUCAGUGACUUCUCUAAGUGGCUCUGAUUCUGUUAACUUCAUAGAUGAGGACAAAUCCCAUCAAGAGUUACCUGAAGUGGCAGAAUCCACCUGGUGGUUUAAAUCCUUUUUCCAUUCAGAACCUGUACUUUCCAACGUGAGAAUGAAAGGUCUGUCUGCUAGUGGCAGUACUAGUUGAUUCUGACAAUCAAGAUAUUCUACCUGCUGCAGUGCCACAUAGGUGACCCUCUACCUGUCAGCACUCCAGCUGUUCCAGAGGACUCUUUUCCAUUGUAAGAAGACAAAACUUGCCUGAGAUCUCAUCUAUGAGACAAGAUCACAGCAGCCACCAAUAUGGCAAAAGUUUAUGCAUUUUCCACAACACUAAGACUACCAUCGCAAGUGGCAGCAGCUACUUGAAAAGCAUGCCUUUAGAAACAUAUAACCUUUCAAAGCGAUGAGAGCCUUCAAGUGUAGUGAUUUAUAUAAAGUAGCCCUGUCAUUAUAUUAUGUUUAUUAAAAAAUUUAAAUCAGGCUAUUUUUA